AUGAAGAGGAGGUUUUACGUAGUAUUUAAGGGAAGAACACCCGGCAUAUACGAGACGUGGGAAGAGUGCAAUGCUCAGGUUCGUGGAUUCAGUGGAUGCAGACAUAAGUCAUUCACAGUUUAUGAAGAUGCCAUGCUUGCAUGGAAUCAACACAAGGCCUCCGCUAUCGGUAGAGUAGCAGCUGAAACAGUUGGGACUCGGAUUGUUCGUGCAUUAACUUCUACCACGACGAUGGAUAACGGGACAUGUGUAGCUACACUCAGAGAGCCAACUGUAAUUGGUGACAAUGGUGUGCAAGAUGGCAAUGAGGAAAGAGUGUUUCCUGAUGCGGAUAGGUUUUUUGCGUCUGUAAUUAAAGACGAAUUGGAGGACUGUUUCACAGUAUGUAGUUAA